AUGACCAUUGGUGCCGCUAGUGUAACAGAUGGUUCUGCAUUGCACAACAAACAGCAAAAUCAUAACUGCACGGCAUACACAGGAAGAAAAAGAAAAAGCACAGCGGCGGUACUCAGACACGGGGAAAAAAGAUCCACAUCAACUGCACAGUCCGAUUGGCUCGCAGCCGUACGGACGGUGGUCGCGCCGCCGCCGCACGGUGCGUGUGUGUGUCUGCCGUGGACUGAGAGGAUGAUGAGACGAAAAAGAGAUGCGGUGCGGUCCUCAUCCAUCUCGGUUAACUGUGACACCAGUCACGCCAUCCCGUCAGAUUACCUGCAGCCAAGACCGUCACCGUCAGCAGCGGUCGGUGCCUUCUCUCUCCACCGGGCGCCGUCACGCGCCUCCUCCCUCACCAACACAACGGGGGAGCAGCAGCCACGCGCAACUGCCAGCACCGAGUACAAAAGAAGAAUCCACCUGCACUGCAAUGUGUGUGUCCUGCGCGUGUGGUUGUGUGUGCCCACUGUCACGCGAAAAGGAAAAAAGACAGAAAAAAGAAACAAAGUAUCUGAAGAGACGCACAAACACAAAUGCACAGCAGAGGCGCAUGCCCAAAAAAAGAAGAAUGGAAGGGCUGCUCAAACUCAGGAUUGCACUGCAGCCCGACCAGCGGCAAACCACAGAAGAUUUAUUCAAAACAAAAGAAAACCUUCCCUAGCCACCCCUUCUUAUAUAAACCCCGUCAUUAAGAAAAAAAAAACGUCCUCUGUUACUGUUCCACACAAAUUUAAAAAUCAAAGGAAAAAAGUAAUAAUAAUAGUAAUAAAUUCGCCUGGCUGCCGUGUGGCCACACCGAACUGUCUGCAUUUAUUUUGCCCGCAAAACAAAAUUUAA